GCUCUCUUUCUCUUUCUCUUUCUCUUUCUCUUUCUCAUUUGUAUAUAUAAUCACACAAUACUCGUGAAAGAGGACGAAACGCGUUUUUGCACGGAAUCAAUCCAAUCUUCAAUUUCAUGGAAAUGAAUCGUUCAGUGUGUUUAAAUUUCGCCUAAGUUCUCAGGAUUUUUUUUUUAUUUUUUUUGGUUUCUCUUGAAUCGUUUGAGUUUGAUACCGAGAGAUAAAUAUAAUCAUCGACGGUGAGAUUUGGGAGCAACAAUGGGGAUGGACUUGAGGGUUGUUCCGGCGGAGGAAUGGUGGGACCGAGGGAGCCACGACGGUGAACGUGACCUAGGUCUAAUGGUUACAGAUUUCCUGGAGACGGGCGGUGGUGGGAGCGGUGGCGCUGCUCCUGGUGAUUCCUGGUGCAGCAGCGACAGCGAUUCUGGAUUUCCCGAUCCUUCUUACCUUUCCGAUAAGAUUCAGUUUCUGAAGUACUCUAUGCCUCAGCACGAAACCGAGGUUCUCUCGGCGGUUCGUUCCCUGAUGCUUACUAUUAAAGAGAAAGAUCUUCACUCUGUUAAAUCCGGUACAUGUAACGUCAGUUGCAUCAGGUUUUAUCUCGCAAAGCUCUUAAGACUUUCUGGAUAUGAUGCUGCUGUUUGUUCAGCAAGAUGGCAAGGCGGUGGCAAAGUUCCUGGUGGAGACAAUGAAUACAUAGAUAUCAUAUUGAGUGACACUGUUGUUGGCCAAGACGACCGUUUGAUUGUCGACAUUGAUUUCAGAAGUCACUUUGAAAUCGCAAGAGCCGUGGAUUCUUACCAACGGAUAAUGGAAUCACUCCCAGUGGUCUAUGUAGGAACGGUUGCAAGACUAAACCAGUUCCUACAAGUAAUGGUUGAUGCAGCUAAAUUCUCCUUAAAGCAGAACUCAAUGCCGUUGCCUCCAUGGAGAUCGCUGAACUACCUGCAAUCCAAAUGGCAUUCGCCUCACAAGAGGCAUCUCGGACCGAUCAGUCAAGAAGGUCUCGGAAUGUUCUCACCGGGAUUGCACAGACAGUGUGCUGAGAAUUUAAAGAGGCUUCAGUUUGCUCUCCACGCUGAACAAGAGGCCGAGAGAUUCAUGAGAAGAAGAGUGGUUUUAGCCGCAGGAUCAAACCCGAGAGAAUGAGAAUCCAUGGGGCUCCUGCUACUUGAAUAGUUUGUACAGAGGUUUUUUGGGGCAUCAAGAAGCCAAAGAAUUUUGCUCUGUUGAGUUUUUUCUGAGUAUAAUAUUUUUUUUUUGCGGCUGAGUGUUUUAUCUCUAUAUAAUUAUUUUAAGAAAUAAUUGAAAAAAACGAACUUUACGUUAUGUUAUUACAAAUAACAAGAGAUAAUUAAAUAAAAAAGAUGUACAACGGUCUUUCAAAAUGAUUGAAGAGAAUAUUGAAAGUAUUUUGUUUUCUACAGUA